CAGAUAAGGCAGGACAGGAGACACUUUGGAUUCUUACGACGCCUCCUUCGAUAGAAAUUUCUCUCUUUCUGCAUUGAAUGCUGACAGAAGUAUUUGCUCCAACGAAAGCGGCAGAGAGACUCUAUCUUCAAGCUGCGGAGUUGCCGCAUGAAAGCAAAGCUCGCAAUCAUCUCAAGUAUGACAAAGAGACUACAAAGGCUUUCGAGAGGGAACUGAUCGCGAGGAGGGCGGCUCUAGAGAACAAACUCAGCGAAUCCUCUAAAUCGAGUCAUGACAAGAUGUCUAAGAAGCAUAUGAACCCGAUCGAACGGGCAGCGUGGGAAAGAUUUCAGCGUCAGAACACUUUGGCAGCAGAGACGCAUGAUCCGAAGAGAUCUGCUGGUCCCCAGGGUAUCGUGCAGAGCUCAAGGAUCGAUCGUCCAAUUCACAUCAGUUCCGACAUCGCACAUACCAACGACACCGCUGCGUCGAGACUGCGUACGUCUGAAGGGAGGAAUUCCAAAACUGACACCACCCCCUUCUUUCACAGUACCAUGUUGCGCGCAUUAGCGCACAGUCACACGUGACAUACAAGAGUAUUUUAACUAAAGCUGCAAAACCUCUGA